AACAUUCUGCCCUUAUAUUUACAACUUAAAAAGCACACCUUGACUACUUCAGCCGCAACAACUGCAGGGAAAAGCAUCAGCGCGACAUGAGCGCCUCUGUGGCCGUAUACAGAGACAUCUACACGGAGGACCGCUUCAAGCAGGCCUAUGGCUCCGAGGAAGACGCGCCUGCUGGUCUGAGGCUGCGGGAGAAACUGGCCGGGAAGUGCAGGUGUUCAAGGCGAGCCUGGCUGACUUUGCUCGGGGAGAGAGUCCCGCUUAUCAGCUGGCUACCGAGCUACAGGUUGAGGAAAUGGAUUUUAGGAGACGCUAUUGCUGGACUGACUGUUGGUAUUCUUCACAUCCCCCAAGGUAUGGCCUUUGCUUUGCUAACAUCAGUGGCUCCAAUUUAUGGCCUCUACACGUCCUUCUUCCCAGUAGUCCUGUAUAUGAUUUUUGGUACUGGCCGCCAUGUAUCAACAGGUACCUUUGCUGUUAUUAGUCUGAUGACCGGUUCUGUGGUGGAGCAGCUGGUUCCAACUCCGCUUGCCUUCAACUCAAGCUCACCUGAAGCAGCAGAGUUUGAGGCUCAGCGGAUUGGAGUAGCUUCAGCCAUAGCACUACUAUCAGGAAUCAUCAUGCUCUGCAUGUUUGGACUUCAGCUUGGUUUCCUCUCCACCUAUCUGUCAGAGCCGAUAGUGAAGGCUUUCACCAGUGCCGCUGCCUUCCAUGUCACAGUCUCACAGCUCCAAAGCAUGCUCGGCCUGAGACUCCCUCGCCACACUGGGACCUUCUCUCUCUUCAAGACGUUGGCCUUAGUGAUGGAGAACCUGUCCCACACAAACAUGGCUGAGCUGCUGAUCUCUGUGGUCUGUCUGGCUGUACUGGUACCAGUUAAGGAGGUCAACACGCGUUACCGGCACCGUCUGCGCACACCCAUCCCUGUAGAAAUCCUCAUGGUGAUUAUCGCUACAUGCGUGACCUAUUUUUCAUCGCUAGAUUCCAGUUACAACAUUGAGAUAGUUGGCCAUAUCCCUGCAGGAUUCCCAAAGCCACAGUUGCCUGCGUUCCACACUUUCCCUGCCAUUGCUGGAGACACAGUUGCCAUAACAUUUGUUGGAUAUGCUGUAUCUGUUUCACUAGCAAUGAUUUACGCUGACAAACAUGGAUAUUCCAUACAUCCCAACCAGGAGCUGCUAGCUCAUGGGAUCUCCAACACUGUGUCCUCCUUCUUCACUUGUUUCCCCAGCUCAGCCACUCUGGCUACCACCAACAUACUGGAGAGCGCUGGAGGACACACACAGCUCUCAGGCUUCUUCACCAGUCUGGUUGUCUUGAUUGUCCUGCUGCUGAUCGGACCCCUGUUCUACUCUUUACCCAAGGCAGUGCUGGCAUGCAUCAAUGUUACAAGCCUCAGGCAAAUGUUUUUGCAGUUCCAAGACUUACCCGAGCUGUGGAGAGUCAGCAAGCUUGAUUUUAUGGUUUGGGUUGUAACCUGGCUGUCUGUGGUGGUGUUGAAUGUGGACCUUGGAUUGGCUAUCGGCGUGGUUUUCUCUAUGAUGACUGUGAUCUGUCGAACACAAAGGGCUGAAUGCUCAGUCCUUGGGCAGGCAAGCAAUACAGAAAUAUACAGACCUCUGGAGAAUCACAGCAAGUGCUAUGAAGUACCGGGAGUGAAGAUCCUGAUGUACAAUGGGCCAAUUUACUAUGGGAAUCGCAGCUUUUUCAGGGAGAAAAUGAGCAGAGUUUUGGGUCUGACGCCAGAAAAGAUCCGCAGUCGGGAAAAGGCCAGAAAAGCUUUAGAAAAGCGGGAGAGAGAGGCCUCUGUCAGCACUGUGGAGAGGGGAGUUGCAAACACAUCAUUUUCCUCAGUAAAUGAGUUCUUUGAAACAGCAGAAACAUCAGAAAAAGAUGUCCAGGCUGUUUUGAUUGACUGCAGCGGAGUGAUAUUUGUUGAUGUUGCUGGAGCGAGACUCUUCACACAGAUGUGCACAGAGUGCCACAAAAUUGGAAUUCACGUUUAUUUGGCAAAUUGCAAUGAGAGUGUUUUAAAGAUCCUGACAUCUAGUGGCCUGAUGAGACACAUGAAUCCUCAACAUAUUUUUGUUACCGUUCAUGAUGCUGUCAUGUACAUUCAGCAGCAGAGGGAAAAACCGCCAGAAAACACCAAAACAGUUUGGGUAUGAACCAAGGGAACAACGUCUGUGACUAUGAUAUCACCUACUAAGUUGCAGAAAACAGCUGAUUCAGACUGGACUGUAUGGACGUAUUUCAAAGUGACAAUGGCCUGUUUUAUCAUCAUCUGUAUAUUUUAAUUUACAGUUUAGUUACAUUUCAACAUUAACAAUUAUUUUGACAGAUGUAGCACUCUGCUGGCACAUUUAAAUCCUAGCUGGAUUUAACUGAAGUAGAGGCAGUUCCUAAACACUGUAGAAAUGUUUCAGACGUACUCUUAAUUAGGCAUUGUAACAGGUAUAUAUUUCUAGAUUUCAGAUUUGAAAUAUUUA